CCGCUAGACCGCAUCGGCGGAUCACCCGGUUCCUCCGGCGUCCCCCAAUAGCAAUGCCGAUGACCGGUGAUCCGUUUGACCCCCCAGUUUCCGGCCUAUUUCCAAAAGUGAAGGAGGAGGAGCCACUCGCCCCCUCCGAUCACUCCUCGCCUUUCUCUUACCGUUUUGUGCGGAUCGUAAACAAACAACCACACCACCGUCCUCUCCCUUCCAUCGGUUCACCUCUCGGCGACUCCUCUUGCGAUCCUUGCCCAAGAUCGCACACAGCCUCCAUGAAAGCGCGGUCGACGUGCGUGCGCAUGUUCUGAUCGGCCGCCGUGACAAACUCACCCGACAACGCCGUCCGAGAAAUUCUGCUGGUCUGAGGGGGUGGGAGGCAGAGCUGGUUGUUUGGCGAGGAGAGGAGAGGAGAGAGUGAUUAGCGAGAUGGAGAGCUACCUGAAGGAGAACUUUGGGGGCGUGAAGGCGAAGCACUCGUCGGACGAGGCGCUGGGCCGAUGGCGCAAGGUCGUCGGCGUCGUCAAGAACCCCACGCGCCGCUUCCGCUUCACCGCCAACCUCGGCAAGCGCUCCGAGGCCGCCGCCAUGAAGCGAUCCAACCAGGAGAAGCUGCGGGUCGCCGUGCUUGUUUCGAAGGCCGCGCUUCAGUUCAUCCACGGCCUUCCUCCCGAGGGCGAGUACACGACCCCCGCCAACGUCGAGGCCGCGGGCUUCGGCAUCUGCGCCGAGGAGCUGACCUCUGUCGUCGAAAGCCACGACCUCAAGAGGCUGAACUCGCAUGGCGGCGUCGAGGGCCUGGUGACGAAGCUGUCCACCUCGGCGUCUGACGGCCUUCCCGCGUCUGAGGAGAAGCUGGAGUCCCGGCAGGAAGUGUUCGGCAUCAACCGGUUCGCGGAGACGGAGACCCGCAGCUUCUGGGUCUUCGUCUGGGAGGCGCUCCAGGACAUGACGCUCAUGAUCCUCGCAGCGUGCGCGCUCGUCUCCCUCGUCGUCGGCGUCGCCACCGAGGGGUGGCCCCGUGGUGCGCACGACGGGCUCGGAAUCGUGGCCAGCAUCCUGCUGGUCGUGUUCGUCACCGCGACGAGCGACUACCGCCAGUCCCUGCAGUUCAAGGAUCUCGACAAGGAGAAGAAGAAGAUCACGGUGCAGGUCACCCGCAGCGGCUACCGGCAGAAGCUCUCAAUAUACGACCUUCUCGCCGGCGACAUCGUCCACCUCUCCAUCGGUGACCAGGUGCCCGCCGACGGGUUGUUCGUGUCGGGGUUCUCGCUUCUGAUCAACGAAUCGAGCUUGACCGGAGAAAGCGAGCCGGUCGCCGUCAAUGCUGAGAACCCGUUCCUCCUGUCGGGGACAAAAGUGCAGGAUGGUUCUUGCAAGAUGCUUGUCACGACCGUCGGCAUGAGGACUCAGUGGGGCAAGCUGAUGGCCACCCUGAGCGAAGGCGGAGACGACGAGACGCCGCUGCAGGUCAAGCUGAACGGCGUCGCCACCAUCAUCGGCAAGAUCGGCCUCAUCUUUGCGGUCGUCACGUUCGCGGUGCUCACCCAGGGCCUGUUCUGGCGCAAGAUCUCGGACGGUUCGUACUUCAGCUGGACCGGCGACGAUGCGCUGGAGCUGCUCGAGUUCUUCGCCAUCGCGGUCACCAUCGUCGUCGUGGCCGUUCCCGAAGGCCUGCCGCUCGCCGUGACGCUGAGCCUCGCGUUCGCCAUGAAGAAGAUGAUGAACGACAAGGCACUCGUCCGGCACCUCGCGGCCUGCGAGACCAUGGGCUCGGCGACGUCCAUAUGCAGCGACAAGACCGGCACGCUCACGACCAACCACAUGACUGUAGUCAAGGCCUGCAUCUGCGGCAAGAUCAAAGAUGUGAACAGUUCUACAGAGACCAAGACCUUGCCCUCCGAUUUGCCGGAUUCUGUCGUGACAAUGCUCUUGCAAUCCAUAUUCAACAACACAGGCGGCGACGUCGUCCUGAACCAGGACGGCAAGCGCGAGAUACUGGGCACGCCGACCGAAACGGCGAUCCUGGAGCUCGGUCUGUCGCUCGGCGGGGACUUCCAGGCGGUGCGCAAGGCGAGCGCCCUCGUCAAGGUUGAGCCGUUUAACUCGGCGAAGAAGAGAAUGGAGGUGGUCAUCCAGCUCCCUGGCGGAGCACUGCGAGCUCACUGCAAAGGCGCGUCAGAGAUCAUCCUGGCAUCCUGCAGCAAAUACCUGGACGAACACGGGAACGUUACCCCCCUCGACGGCGCGACGGAGGAUCACCUCAAGGCCACCAUCGACAGCUUCGCGAACGAGGCGCUUCGCACGCUGUGCCUCGCCUACAUUGACGUCGGCGAGGGGUUCUCAGCGAAUGAUCAGAUUCCGAUGGAUGGGUACACCUGCAUUGGCAUCGUGGGGAUCAAGGACCCUGUCCGUCCCGGCGUGAAGGAAUCGGUCGCCAUCUGCAGGUCAGCAGGCAUUACCGUCAGGAUGGUUACAGGGGACAACAUCAACACGGCGAAGGCGAUUGCGCGGGAAUGCGGCAUCUUAACUGAAGGCGGCCUUGCCAUUGAAGGCCCAGACUUCAGAGCCAGGAGUGAAGAAGAACUACAUGAACUGAUACCAAAAAUACAGGUGAUGGCAAGAUCUUCGCCACUUGACAAACACACCUUGGUGAAGCAUCUUCGGACUACAUUUGAUGAAGUUGUCGCGGUGACUGGCGAUGGCACAAAUGAUGCACCUGCACUUCACGAGGCCGAUAUCGGGCUCGCAAUGGGCAUUGCUGGAACUGAGGUGGCAAAGGAGAGUGCCGAUGUCAUUAUUCUUGAUGACAACUUCUCCACGAUAGUGACCGUGGCUAAAUGGGGUCGAUCAGUGUACAUCAACAUUCAGAAGUUUGUGCAGUUUCAGCUGACAGUCAAUGUGGUUGCUCUCAUCGUGAACUUCUCUUCAGCUUGCUUGAUAGGGAGUGCACCUCUUACCGCGGUGCAAUUGCUCUGGGUCAACAUGAUCAUGGACACGCUAGGAGCACUGGCAUUGGCCACACAACCUCCAAACAAUGAGUUGAUGAAGAGAGCUCCUGUUGGAAGGAAAGGAAACUUCAUCAGCAACAUCAUGUGGAGGAACAUCCUAGGACAGGCCUUGUACCAGUUCCUUGUGAUUUGGUAUCUGCAGGCCGGAGGGAAAUGGCUCUUCGCAAUCAAGGGCGACAAAUCCGAUCUAGUCUUGAACACAAUCAUCUUCAACUGCUUUGUGUUCUGCCAGGUGUUCAACGAGGUGAGUUCAAGAGAGAUGGAGAGGAUAGAUGUCUUUGAAGGCAUUCUAGACAAUAACGUGUUCAUCGCCGUCCUCGGUAGCACGGUCAUCUUCCAGUUCAUAAUAGUACAGUUCCUCGGUGAUUUCGCGAACACUACCCCUCUCACGUUUAUGCAGUGGAUCACCUGCAUUUUCAUCGGUUUCAUAGGCAUGCCUAUCGCCGUUGCGGUGAAGAUGAUCCCUGUCGAUUCUAAGUAGGAAACUAGAGCUAGUUUCAGUCAGAAACUGAAGUCAGGCAGUUUUGGGUUGCCACUCGUAUAAGAUAGUUGGGUGAAUCUCUCCCUCUCUUUUUUUUCCUUAAACGAAGUUGGAUGGAUCUCUUUCUUCUUUAAUGUGUAUUUAGGUGAAUCACUGAUCCUUAAUUCUUAAAAUGUGUUUAAUAGACUCAUGUAGCUUUUCU